AUGGAGUCUGUAGCCUUGUACAGUUUUCAGGCUACUGAGAAUGACGAACUGGCUUUCAACAAGGGGGACACACUCAAGAUCUUGAACAUGGAAGAUGACCAGAACUGGUACAAGGCUGAGCUUCGGGGUGCUGAGGGAUUUAUUCCCAAGAACUACAUCCGGGUCAAGCCACACCCCUGGUACUCAGGGAGGAUUUCCCGCCAGCUGGCCGAGGAGAUCCUGCUGAAGCGGAACCACCUGGGCGCUUUCCUGAUCCGGGAGAGUGAGAGCUCGCCGGGGGAGUUCUCAGUUUCUGUCAACUAUGGUGACCAGGUACAGCACUUCAAGGUGCUGCGAGAGCCUUCAGGGAAGUACUUCCUGUGGGAGGAGAAGUUCAACUCCCUCAAUGAGCUGGUGGAUUUCUAUCGCACCACCACCAUCGCCAAGAAGCGGCAGAUCUUCCUGCAAGAUGAGGAGUCUCUGGUCAAGCAACCCCAGGCCUGCUUCGCCCAAGCCCAGUUUGACUUCUCUGCCCAAGACCCCUCACAGCUCAGCUUCCGCCGUGGUGACAUCAUCGAGGUCCUGGAGCGCUUGGACCCCCACUGGUGGCGAGGAAGGCUGGGCGGGCACCUCGGCUUCUUCCCACGGAGCUAUGUCCAGCCUGUGCAUCUGUGA